GUCAGUGCGCUCGCGUGCGGUGUGUCAGUCGUGCUGCAUUUACCAAUCUUCUCCCGCUGCCGCUCCGCGCGCGCGCGCACUCUCUCCUUCUCUCUCUCUCCCCCUCCCCCUCUCCCUCUCCGCCGGAGGAGAGGAAGUCGCGCGCGCCGCGUUCUGCCGAGCGCGGCCGAGUUCCCGGGCGCCGCUGGAGUCCGGCGGAGCGGAGCGCAGCGAGCGCGUUCGCGGCGGAUUACGUCGUGGGCUGGUGCACGGCUAGUAACGCGAUGGACGCGACGCUGACACUACGCGCGCCGCUUACAUAAUUGCUCAUCGUCGUCAUCGUGUCGGUGCGCAUUAGUGACGUGCGAAAGAGAAAGAGAGAGAGAGAGAGCGAACAAACGAGUGCGUCCCCACGGCAACGGCGGUGGUUGUUCGUACGCCCGCGCUACUCGUCGAUUUUACUCCGUUCCGUGAUUACUCCGGUCUGGCAUCAAUACAUAUAUUGCACAUUUAUUUUCUAUUUAUUUUGAGACUGCUUAGAGAGAAAGCGAAAGAGAGAGAGAGAGAGAGAAAGAUGAGAGCAUUCGAGGGCGCAGGCUGGCCUACAAGCGUGGCGGCGUGGUCGUACGGGGAAGACGUAGUAAUGAAUUUGUUUAUAUUUUUUGUAUUUGCCGAUGAUCCUCCCGUCAAUGGUCGUUUCGCUGGACGGUACCAGUUGGAGUAUACAACAGCAACAGCAACACCAGCUGCUGGUGGUGGAUUCGGUCGCACAGCAGCAGCAGCAACAGCAGCAGCUUCAACAGCAACCGCGAAAUCAGAUCGUCGCGUCGAAUCAGGCGUCGUCUUCGUCGGAAGGUGAUCUGCAGCAACCGCAGCACCGCAAAAUGACUGACCAGCGAGAGCAGCAGCAGCAGCAACAGCCGCAAUCCCAGUUUCAGCAGCAGCAGCAGCAACAGCCGCAACAGAUCAAAGGCAAUGAGGAACCGAGAACGAAUUUGAUCAUCAAUUAUCUCCCGCAAAACAUGAACGAGAAGGAGCUGUACAGUCUAUUCGUCACGAUCGGUCCGGUUGAGUCAUGUCGAGUCAUGAAGGACUACAAGACUGGUUACAGCUACGGCUUUGGUUUUGUCAACUAUGCGAAAGCUGAGGACGCUGCGACGGCAAUAAACACGUUGAACGGUCUUCAGGUGCAAAAUAAGCGUCUGAAAGUUUCGUUCGCUCGGCCUUCCGGAGAAGAAAUUAAGGAAACGAAUCUUUACGUUACGAAUUUACCAAGAAAUAUAACGGAAAGCCAAAUCGACGAACUUUUCAGUAAAUUCGGCAACAUCGUGCAAAAGAAUAUACUGAGGGAUAAACUGACCGGUUUACCGAGAGGAGUAGCAUUUGUUAGAUUCGAUAAGAGAGAGGAAGCCCAGGAGGCUAUCGCGCAACUUCAUGGUACAAUACCGGAGGGUGGCUCAGAGCCGCUUAGUGUAAAAAUCGCGGAGGAACACGGAAAGCAAAAGGCGGCGUAUUACGCGGGCUGGCAGGCGGGAUACAAUCAAAGCCGCGGAGAGCGUCUGUACCCGACGAGGAAUAAAUAUCAGCGCUAUGCUCAUUACCUGUACUGAAAGGGCGAGAAACGUUGUUGUUAUUGUUGUCACCGUGCCGUUGAACGUUCCGAAUGUUAUAUAUAUAUUUGUAUAUAUAUAUAUAUAUAUAUAUAUAUGCGCACACGCGGCCGUCCUUGCAGUCGUAAUCAAACGAAGGCUUCGUGAAUUUAAUUUGCGGAAUCGAUCGCGUAUACUCGCAGCGCUGUGUUCCAUCGACGUGACUUGUAAUUGCGCGAGGAACGUUCUCCGCUCGCCGGUUUCCGAACGGUUUUAGAUAGCGAAUUGUUUGUUAAUUGUAUAAGUCGCAUUGAUUCUACGUUACGUAGCGUCUCUCGUUUUACACGUAUUGUAAUUAGGGCGUAACGAUAAUUUCCAAAAUUCGGCCUCAACUUUAGUGUCUAAGUUGGCGCUGGCGAAGGUAUCGUAAAGAGCAUCGCGUGAAAUUCCAACGGAAGUGUGAUAUGUAAAUUAUAUACAAGACAGAAGCGAACGAAGUGCAAACUGUAACGCGACUGUCUCGCUUCGGAAAGACUCGAUUGAUUUUGUACUCUUUAGCAGUCUGAAAAUUAUACUUUAUUUUUAGAAAAGCGUUAGUCUGUAAAGUCUUAUAAAAUAAUUUUCAAAUUAAAUCUCUGUGUAUUCGUAAGGCGAGACAUUUUAAGAGAGAUGUGACUAUAUAAAUAAAAAAAAAAAAAUUAUAAGAGUCCUCGAUGUAACCUGGACAGCGAUUAAUCGAGGAUCAUUACACCAAAUAAUCGCAAUAUGAUUUUUGCUCAACGAUCGUAAAUUAAUCGCAGUUGUUCAACGAGUUUAAGGAUUACAGUGUAUAUAAAUCUGUUUCGUAAUUUUAAGUCUUUGCGACUUUUGUUAUCUGAAACACCAUGGUAGAAUCGUUAUCGUACACUGCGAAGAUCGAUAAUAACCAAUGCGCACUUUGAAACGAUCUCGACGGCGUGUUUCUUUUGAGAUAUCUUUUUUGGAUUGAUACAGCGAUCUUUGAGAUGUAAUUAGAUGUACGCGUAACGUACGUACGAGAAUAAUAAUCAAUCCGACAAGAUUGAUCUCUAACGCUCUAGAGGAUUACGAGAUCCGAGAGUAGGACUUCUCAAUUGUCUGCUACGUAGAUAGUAUUAAUUCUCAACGUAAGAAAAUUGUGACACGCGCGGCAAAUCUUGUAGUCACGUAUAGCCGCUACGGUCUUUAGUAAAAUUCGCAGAUCAAAUAAAUAAUUGACAUCGUUUCUCCUAGUAGGGAUCGAUAUCUUUCUAAAAUUUAUUCGAUAGCCAAAAAAAAAAAAAAAGAAUAUAUCAUGUACUCAAACUGAGGAUGCGCCCGACCAUGUUCUCGGUGGCAAACUCGAAUGGAAAAAGCGAAACAAAUGCAUUAACGUAUACUUAAGUCAGUGAGUCGAUUUAGCUACGGAAUAUUAUGUUCUGAAAUUCUAAAGAUAUUUUUUUCAACGUGACAAUGAAAGAUGUGGAAAAUUUUUGAGAUCACUUUGUAUAAUGUUCCGAAAAAAAAUGUUCUCCGCAGUCAACUUUUCCAUUAUGUUUUAAGUUGAUAAAAUAAAAAAAGAAAUUAACUUGACGCGAGAUUAAAUUUUACAAAUCGAAAUGAAAACUCGAUCUGUAUAUAAGAUUGGUGAAAUUUUUAUUAAAACUGUGAAUGUGGUGAAAAGAUAUUUAAAUGAAUAUGGAAGGAUUAGUAGGUAAAUCGACUUUUCUAGCACUAUCGAUGCUUCGGUACAUCGGUACACCGAAUGCAAACUGAUAUCAAACGGGUGGAAGCGCACGAUCUUCCCAUUUGUCUGUAUCGGCCUGUGAUGCACCGCGAUGAGCCACCGAAUACAUUUGGCGGUACCAAUAAUUAGCUAAUUAACGAUAUACAAUAUUGAGAGAUAGCCGAGAUAUCGCUCGAUUUUUGUAGAAUAGAACCCCUGCAUCGUCUCGUGGACUCUUUAACGAUUCUCGCUGUUAGACUCUUUCGUCUCUCUUUGAAUCUUGAAUGACGCUUUAAACGGCCGACCCGGCGGCGAGAGAGCCGGAGAGAGGUGGAUCCUGAGAACUAGAAGUAACGUGUAUGUCCUUCGACCCUGACAAUCGUCCAUCUUCAGUGGAUUUAGCGCAUCUUCCCAGUUGCGUGCGACAGAAGAAAAUGGAAUACGAACGCGCGAGAUUUCCCUUUAAUAAUGCGAUUUUACAUGGAUUCGUAUAAAAAUAAGAUGUCUGCAAUAAUGAGAAUGUUGAUACGUAGUCUUUGCUAGUUUAUACACUUGUUAGAUAAACAUUUUUGUUAUUACAAUGCCAAAUGUAGUCUUUUAAACUACUGGCUGCAAAAGUAGUUAGAAAACACUGCCUAGAACACCAUGAAGAUGACUCCGUUUUGUCGCAGAUGUGACUCAGAUCCGUAUCAUCUUCGAUGUUUCGCAUUGUAAUUUUAUUACACGGACAGUGAAUCGUUUGUCGAGGAACACCUCGCGUUUGAUCGCAUUCCAUUUUCUUCCGUUCUGUCGUAGAUCGCGUUUGCAAGAGGGAAAUUCGUCCCCGAUUACAGCGAGUACUCGCGUAAUAAUUGCAAAAUUAAUUACAUAUGUGGAACAUGUGCGGAAUAAUUUUUAUUUCUCGGAAAACUUUGAGAAGACUGUCUUAAGACCGCCUGAAAAAAAGCACCUCGAAUCUCGAUUGAGGUGUUACAUCCGACGGACAUGCCAAUUAGGAAGUCGAUAAAGGAAAGAUGUUCGCACAGAGAUCACUCGUGACAUUAGGGGCUGAAAUCCCAAUUGCGUAACGCGAUCGAGGACACGAUCCACCUUGCUCAACGUAAGAUAUUUAGACGCUGCUUCGCGCAAGGGCGAACCUCGCGAUGUCGGAACUUUUAGGAAUUUAAUAUUGCGAAUGCGCCGGCGUUUGACCCGCUUCGGUUACUGACCGAUCGAUCGUCGAGGAGCUACGAGCCGAUGGACUAUAUUUUUACACGCCAAUACGCAUUCGCGGACAGCUUGCACGUCGAGUGACUAUCUAUCUGAAGAAAUCUAGUCUGAAGAAAAAAGACAAUGUGCGUGAACUUUUGUCAACUUUCUUUCGCAGUUUCGAUGCUUUUCUUUUAUUUUCUUUUUUUCUCUCUUCGAUACCUCUUUACACAGUUUGUUGAAGCUUUGUACGCGACAUGAAACAUGCGCCCCGUGUUAGUUUUCUCUAUUUAAAUAUUUAUUUUUAUAAAAAUCAAGGGAUUUGCUUGCACAUAAUUUGACUCGUCUUCGACGGUCGAUUGGUCGACGAACCGAUGCGCAAUGUGUUGCACAGCACGAUCGCUGCUAGAUUAAUAAGAAGAUCGAUUAAACGUUGAAAACUUUAUCAACAAAAGUAGACAGAUUAAUAUAAGGCAUCUUCUAUACACCAAGAGAGAAACUUUCGUCGUUUCUUCUCUCUAAUCGCAAAGAAUUUAUCUUUGAAAAUUGAACGUCGAGAUUAACGAAAAUGUUACGGAUAAUCGAAUCGGCGAAGAUAUCGUGUUGUUAUUUAAUUCUAAUAAAAAAAGUAUCAACGAAAUAUGUAAAAUUUAAAUUUACAAAUUAUACACUGAUGAUAUGUCUUCAGAUAAUUGUUUAAUAUCGAAAGUUUAUUAGUUAAAUUCCUAAUUGGCGCGAGCGUCUCGUUAAAAAUUUAUAAAUAUAUUGUAUCUGAUAUUGGAUUUGAUCCUUUCAUCUAAAUUCGCGACUAGAUGCCGGAAAUUGCGAGUUCGACUUGGCGUUGUAAUCGAAAGGUCUAAUUGUAAUUAGGUUUAACUUUAAACUGUUAAGUAGUAAAUUGUAAGGUCUAACGGAUCGAAGAAUGUGCGAAAUGGUUAAUCCCGAAGUCCAGUAGUGCUAACGAUGGCUGUGAUAAGGAUAAGGAAAUACUAACGAGAAUUGCAAAAAGAAAAACAAAUUAUUACUGACUGAAACAAACGGAUUAGCGAAGCUUCUCUUCCUCUCUUUCGAUCUGAUUUUUAAUGUUGAAUUAAUUUCGAAUAUCAGCAGUGUACAAUACACCGGUAUAAUUGCAUUUGAAAACUAACAGCGAAUCGAUGCAUUAAAAAACGGCUUUCUUCGUAGCAUCCGACUUUAGUUGAUGCACGAUUAUGCCUAAAUUAGCAAACAGUGCGCAGAGCGUUUUCGAAAUUUGUCGUAUUCGCUUCGGCUACAAGGUAAUGAAUUUGUUAAGAAUUUUUUUAUUUUUCUUUAUGAAUUCCAACGUAUUGUUCAAAAUUACAAUUAUAAAUAUAUAUAUUUUUUAGAUUUUUAUUUUUAUCAAAUAACUGAAUAAUUAUGAUUAUUUUAUAGUGCGUUAUUGUUUCCACUUGGUUAAAUAUUUCUCAAGUGUUACAACUUGUCACUAGCCGAAGAAAAUGCGACAGUUUGGUAACACUCUAACGUUUUAGAGAGGAAAAAUUCAGCUUCUUCGGCCUCGUUUGAGAACACCCGCGACAUUCUCGAUGAUACAUUCAUCGUAUUUUUCUCUUGUUCGUUAUGACUUAAAAAUACAUAUAUAUAUAUAUAUAUAUAUAUAGUCUACGCAAAUCUCUGAAUUAGCGAAAGUUAUCGUCGUUAGGCGAGUUUAGUGUCUCGUUAACAUGAAUGUUUACAUUUACAACAAUGCGAUACACACGUACACACAGCGAUUAAACACACAUGCAUAAUAGUUAGAAACAUGCAAAACUUGACACGACAUAGUUACAGUUACAGAUCAAUGUUCGUAUCUCGUUGUACGGAUAUUUGUAUUUAAACGUAUUGAGCAUUAAAUGUGAAUUAUUGUAUCCGACCGCCGCUUUUUGUGCUGAUGAUGUAUAAAAUCGGAUGGAUCCCUCGACGCGCGCGACGUUAAAUCGAACUCGAGCGAUCGGGACACACUCGAUCCCAAUUUUGCGAAAGAGAGAAAUAAAACUAUAUCGCACACGCACACACGCAGAAAUAAUGGCUCUCUGUGAUACUUUUGUACAAAUUCGUUUCCCGCGGGGAUUACGCUAAUUAAAAUUAAGUGUUGAAAAUCAGAUGAUUGCAAGCAUUGCGCGCCUCGCGAAAUAUAUCUUUUUUCGCCCGCCCGCCCCCCCUCGAACCCCCCCGAUCACGGUGGAGUUUUUUUAUACUCUUGACAAUCGGAGUUGAAGUUGACGACGAAGCUUUCUUCGCGAAAAGAAAAAGUAAAUCAUCAGGACAAAAAGUAACACUCUGGAGGACUAACGUUUCACGAAUGAAAAUAGGAAAAAGAAACGUCGUUAAUGAUCCUCCGGAGAUCCUCUAAUCAGUAUCUUAUAUCUUUCCUAUUCUCGUUGCCGCGAUCGCGAGUUUCCUCACCGCGGUCACUCAUUAAAUUUGAUUAAAACAUUAGAAACCGAUAUAUACCAAGUCUCAAGUCAUUCGCGUCACCCUCUGUCUCUCUCUUUAAAAUACGCUCCUCCCUCGCCUCUCUCUCUCUCUCUCUCUCUCUCUCUCUCUCUCUCUGCGACAUCUCCCUCGAAGAAAUUGAAAGUCAAGUGUAACAACAUGAGUAUCAGAAACGCGCAUCUCUCGAAAGAAAACGUACUAUUUCGUAAAAAUAAUGGCAAGUAAAAACAUUCUAGGGACAACAAAUAUUAAAAAAAAAAAAAAAA